AUGAUGAUGAAAAAUAAAAAAUACUUUGAGAGUGAAGAGGAUAUUAUAGAUUCAAAUCUAGAUUUAAUAACUGAUAUCGAAAUGUUCAUAGAAAAUGAUGAUAUAUCAAUUUAUACAAAUGCUUUAGCAAAAUGUAAAAAUCUCACAACUUUGAGACUAGAUUUUGAUUAUGACACUUAUAUUAAUGAAUAAACUGCAGAAGAUUUAGCUUCUGCUUUAGGUAAAUGUGUUAAAAUUUAAAGUUUAGCUCUUGCUACUAAUGGCAUUGAAAUUUUUGAAUAAACUGCAUCACCUUUAGCCUCUGCUAUAGCUAAUUGCUCUAAUCUAUAAAAUUUAUCUCUUGAAUUAGAUGAUUCAAAAAUUAAUGGAGAAUCUCUCUCGUAUUUCAGUUCUGCUUUAUAAAAGUGUAUCAAUAUUCAAACUUUGAAUAUUAGUUUGAGGAAAAAUAAUUUAAAUGACGAAAGUGCAUUAACAAUAUUUUGUGCUUUAUCUAGUUGUACUAAUCUCAAGAGUCUGAAUCUUGAUUUUGACUCUAAUUUUAUUGGCGAAAAAUGUUUAUCUGGUCUAGGUUCUUCUUUAGCAAAGUGCUUAAAUCUCUCAAAAUUUACUUUUAGAAUUAGCGAAAAUUAAAUUGGGGAUGAAAUAUCUAGCUUAGGUCAAGCACUAUAAAACUGUAGCAACCUCUAAAGCUUAGAACUUUUUUUUAAUGGAGAUAAUGACAUCAGUGAAAAAAACAUAAAUGGCUUAGGUUCUGCAUUAUCAAAAUUAAACAGACUUUCAACUGUUCUUAUUUAUUUAGAGUAUGAAGAUUUAUUUUAUAUUUUCAAAUUUUAAAAUAAUUGA